AUGUCACAACAUUCUGAAAGUAAACGAAGUAUUUCAUUCGAUAAAAUCUACAAGUAUAUCCACUCUCAUUCUGUACUGUACAGCAAUCUUACGAAUCAUAUUGUCUUGUAUAGAAGAAUGUCAAGUCCGGUGGCUAACGUACCUUCAUCUACCUCAUUUUUUCCAAAUGUACCCUCGUCAAUAAUGCCAAAUGAAUCCCCAUCGACACCAACCAGCUAUGUUAGCCUUUUAGACACAUCUCAAUCUCCUGAUGCACCAGUUCUUUCUGUUCCACAACGAACUACACCUAAUUGGACACGUACAAUCGAUACACUAUGCCAAUGGGGUACUCGUACGUUUAAAUUUACUCGACAAGUAUUGCACGAGCGAAUGGGACAAGGUAUUCGAACGCAAGACGUCGAACUUGAGCAAAAGAUCGAAGUUUUUCGAGAGACAAAACGUCAAUAUGAAUAUUUAUUGAAAGAAGCUCGUCAAAUGUCCAUACAUUUCGCUGGUCUUCUUCAGACUCAACGUUCUCUCAGUCAAUCAUUCAUUGAAUUACAACGAAUGUCAUCAGCCACAUUUGAUCUUUGCGAACAGUUCGCUCAAAACGGACAUUGUCAGCGUGUUCUCGCCCAUAACGGUGAUGCUCUACUAAACUCAAUGAACUCAUUCGUUGGAGCUUUACAAACUCUAGUAAGCAAGACAAUGGAAGAUACCUUAAUGACUUUGAAAGCAUAUGAAAGAUCUCGAAUUGAAUAUGAUGCAUACCGAUCUGAUUAUGAAGCUGUCUUAACUCAAAAUCCCAGCGGAGGUGUGACGUUAUCGAAUCUCGAGAAGAACAUCGAACGACAGUAUAAUCACUAUAAAGAACGCCAUGAAAAAUUGAAAACAAACCUCACAGUUAAACUACGUUUACUCGAUGACAAUCGCAUUAGAGUUAUGCAACAACAGUUGGUCUCAUUUCAUAAGGCAAUUGGAAGUUAUUAUUUAAUGAUAGGACAACAGCUGAAUUGGCAAACUAAAGAACAGAAUAGUCAAUAG